AUGACUACUAAAGAUCCAACAAGUGGUAAAAUUCCAGCUCAAGCUGGUGCUGGUGAACAACAAGAAUAUAAAAUUCGUAUAACAUUAACAUCUCGAAAUGUAAAAUCACUUGAAAAAGUUUGUGCGGAUUUAAUUCAAAAGGCAAAAGAUGAAGAAAUACGUGUUAAAGGACCAGUUCGUAUGCCAACUAAAGUUUUACGUAUAACAACACGUAAAACACCAUGUGGUGAAGGUUCAAAAACUUGGGAUCGUUUUCAAAUGCGUAUUCAUAAACGUGUUGUUGAUUUACAUUCAAAAUCGGAAAUUGUUAAACAAAUCACAUCAAUUAGUAUUGAACCAGGUGUGGAUGUUGAAGUAACUGUAGCCGAUACUUAA